UUUUAAGCGCGCCCUAACUGACCGGGAAUCAGAAACGACUGAUCGACGUGGGGUUUCAGCAACCCCAUCUAGAUCUCUUACAGACCGUGAGAUGUGGAGUUGCCUUUGCCCCUGCCAUCCUUGCAUUUGCCCAUGCGAAGUCUCACGUCGAAAUCCACGUUCCUGGUGGUUCGGAUUGUUUGUAUUGCAUUUUGCACCGAGGCUCAUCGCUUUGCACGUUUUGGGUGUCUCGCGAGUGUUUCUUCAUGCAGCAUGUACAUUUCUGGCAGCAGGGGAAGGGAGAAAACGGGAUGGGAAGAUCUGAUCCGGAGAUCGUAACCUUGAAGCUUAUUCCCAUCAGGGGCUGGGAGUUCCUACCCUUAUAUGAACCGCAUGUCUUCUCGGUUGGCUUGCUUCCUAGCGUUUCAAU